AUGAAGUUUUCUUAUUAUCGAUUUUUAUUAUACAGUGGAGUAGCAGCCUGGACUAUACUUUUAAAUGGCUAUUUGUUUUUGUAUCAUUAUGAUAAUAUUGCUUUGAGUGUUAAGACAUUCACCAAUAACGUCAACUCACAACAAAACAAUAAUGGCUUAUAUGAUUCUGAUAAAAUGGAUGAUAAGGUAAAAGGGGAUUAUAAUGAAGAAGAGAAUCAUAAAUGGGCAUUUUCGAGUGAUAAUAAUGUGUUACAUAAGUUUAAUCCACACCAUUAUGAACCUGUUAAUACUUCGAUUGUUAAUCAUAAGACUUUUGACUUAUAUAAAAUGCAUGCUGAUGUUAAAGAUCUAAGAGGAAUAAGACCCACUAUUGCAACCAAUUACGAAACUAUUUUUAAAAAUCAUCCUAAUCCAAAUACUAUUCUUGGUAAUUUGGAUUUUAAGGAACGUUGUUCAUUAUACUUCCAAAAUUUAUUUAUAACUGAUCACAAUUGGUACUUGAACCCAAAUGAAGAAUUACCAGUAGGUAGAUAUGUCAACCCUUAUGAUAUUGAACUUGCCGAAUUCGAAUAUUCUAAUUGGAAAUUUUAUAAUCACGAUCGGUUAAAACAAGAAUACAUUGAUUAUGAAUUUGAAGGUGAUGAUCAAUCCACAAUAACUGAUGCUGAAUUAGAAAAAUUCAUGAUGAGAAAAUUUGAAGAAUUCUGGAAUACAACUUUACAAGUUGAACAGAAAACAUUGGAUUCGAUAAGUCAUUUAAGAAUCUUUAAUAAAUGUUUCCUUUCCAAUUCGGAUCCAAAACAACUGGAAAAAGCUAAUCAGUUGAUUAGAGAUCAAAAGGAAUUAAUACAAACAAUCCAAGGGAAGGAUUAUUUACCAUCAUUUGAAUUCACCGAAAGUGAAAAAAUGGCUAAAUUAGAUUCAUAUGGUGUUUGCUCAAGUUUAGAAAAGAGAAUUUAUCCUUGGUUAUCAUUUCAACUUCCUGUAUUCGAGAAAUGGUCAGGGGAAAUAGAAUUAACUCCUCCUCAAUACAAUAAUUAUCAUAAAAAACUGAAAUCCUUCACUACUGGCACUUUUCAUCAAAUGUCGGAUUGUUUCUUCAAUGAUAUGAGAAAAAGCUUGAAUGGAAGAGGUAUAGUCUUAACAUUAGGUGAUGUUCAUGUUGAAAAUACUCUUAAUUUGAUCAGAUUGUUAAGGGCUCUUGGUAAUAGGUUACCAAUCCAAAUCGUAUACUACGAUAAUCUUAGUGGUUCUAGUAAAGCUAAAAUUGUAAAAGCUGCUAGACAAUCUAUGAGAGAUUUCCCAGCAUCUAUGGAGAAGAUCAGACAUUUAUUACCCGAAGAUUAUGAUCUUGGUUUACCCGUUCAAAACAUUCAUUUUGUUAAUCUUUUCAAUGUGGUUAGAGAACAAUAUAUACAUAAAUUCGAAGGUUAUGGUAACAAAUUACUAGCCACUAUUUUCAAUUCAUUUGAGGAAUUUAUAUUAUUGGAUUCGGAUGUGGUUCUUUUUAAAAAUCCGGAAUGGUUUUUUGAAACUUCAAAGUAUAAAGAAGGGGGUGCUUUAUUUUAUAAAGAUAGGGCUACAUCCGACAAGAGACCAGAAACUGACCUUUUCUUAUUAAAAUCAUUAUUACCUAAUGUUAUAGAUAAUGCUAUGUUUGGAUUUCCUAUGGUACCUGAAAAGACUUUAAAGAAUGAUGCGUUUGAAGGAAUGUACCAUUUCAUGGAAGCUGGGGUAGUUUUAUUAGAUAAAACUAGACAUUUAAAUUCGAUUUUAAUGUUACCUCAAUUAUAUUUCAUGGAACCAUUAAUGACAAGAAGUCAUGGAGAUAAAGAAUUUUUUUGGCUUGCAUUUGCUUUUAAUGGUAACGAAGAGUAUGUCUUCAAUGACUAUCGUGCCGUGGCUGUAGGCGAAGUUAAGCCCGAUAGACGUAAGGACAAUGGAGAAUUAUAUCUUGCUCAGCAAUUAUGCAAUUCUCAUCCUGCUCAUAUUGACGAUGAAGAUAAUUCAUUGCUUUGGUUAAAUUCAGGUUUCCAUUUUUGUGGUAAAUAUGAUUUAGUAGAUUAUGAAAAUGAUCUUCAUAAACAAGGAAAUUAUUAUCUUCAAACUUUCGAAAAUCAAGAAGAUAUGAGGCAUUAUUAUUAUAAUCCUAUCAAUAUUCGUCAUGCCGUUGUUCCGCCAUUCUCUGGAGCAAAUUAUUUAAAAGGUCCAAAUAAGGAGGGUGAACCAGAGAUAGCUUGGCAAAUGCUUCAUGUGCUUUGUCAUGAUUAUAUGUGGUGCACUUACAGUUCAAUUGGUUAUGGCGAUACAUUUCAGAAUGGAACUGUUAUUGAAUUUGAUGAAGAUCAGCACUCAUAUUUUAAGUAUUUAGGUGAUAUUUGGGUGGGAUUAGAAUAA